AUGAAGUCCUUCAGAAGACCCUUCUAAGAAUACUCAGUUGUCCGACUAUUCCUUUUUUCUUUUUCUUUCUAUUUUUGUUGAGCUCAAUACAGUUGUUCAUAGGUCAACGCACCGCCUUAGGUGGAGCUAGUGAUAUGGUUCAGCUGAGAUAACUACUCCCCAAUUCCUGUCCAUCUUCACAGCACUCUCUACUUGCAUAUAAGCAAUCACUUAAAACAAAUCAUAUACACAUCGAUACUAGAUUGUUUGCCUAUUCCUUGCAUCCAUCUAUUAUUAACGACAUAUUCUACGUCAGACGGAUACAAAAUGCGGUCUCCAAUGCAGCAUGAGACUCUACGUCCACAGCCAGACCAGUCUUCGGACUCAGACGAGCUUUUGGAAUCGGACGACAUGGAAUUCCCUGCACCCAAUAUUGAAAAAAGUUCCGAAAGAGGUAUAGAAGAUGCUGGUGAUUCAACGUUUUAUCCCAGUAUCUCAGACGUUCUCACUGUUCGAUAUCUGCUACAAUGGAAGGUUGUGGCAGAUGGGAUACCGCCUGAGAUUGCAGAUAUGAUUAUCGAGGCGGCUGAGUACUGGGUGUCGACGGAAGUGAGGAUAGACCACAAGAUUGUCGUUAGACAAGAUGCAGACCGGGAGCUGCUGAGGACGGUGCCGCUGUGUCGUGAGAGAACACCAGAUGGAUCGUUAUCUAAGCUCCUUCCACAUCGACUUGCCCACCCCUGUCGAAAGAUCAUCUUUAACCUGUACUCUCAUGACCAAGGCUGGGGAGGGGAGCCUGGAUACAGGGGUACAUACCGGGGGUCGCAUACCUGGUUCGAUGCAGAAGUCGUUCCACUGGAAGGCGAACAUGAGGAGGUUAGGAAGGCUGGGACAAAACCGGGCGAACCGAAUUUCAUGGCCAACGGAAAUAAACUACAAUCCAACUUGACUGCCACAAAGGAAACCAAGCACUAUACUACCACGUGGCAUCACUUGGACGCUAUAGAACCUGGAACGCCUGAGGCAGAAGAGAUCGAACAAGACCAAGGCCGUGGACAGGCGACUCUGGAUGGGCGACGCGUGCGAGAAAUGCGGCCGGGCGAUUCGAUUUCGGUCUGGGGACGAGCGAGGUUUGGGGGAUGGGCGAACCAUGUCCAAGGGUUAAGUGUGCGAGUUUUCUGGGCAGUAUGAACAUAGCACUACAUAACUUUCUAAUGACAUGAUAUGAUAUGAUUGAAUAUGUACCCGCAUUGAGUAAAUCCGGGGAUAUUUCCAG